CGCGGGGCUAACAACAUUUGGGGGCGAGGGGUCCUGUUCCGUGCGCUCUAGCCCAUCUGUGCGCAGAGCCUCGUUCCCAGGCGCCUGGAGCCCGGCGGGCAUUGACGUCAAGCGGCGGCGGAGCGCUGCCUACAGACGGUUGACCUGGGCCCUCCUCCACAGCCCCCUUCCUUCCUCGCCUCCUCCCUCUUCCCAGCGCCCGGGCUCUGGCUCGCUAUAAAAGGCGGGACCGCGGUGUUCCCCAACAACAACGAAUUUCAGCACCAUGGAGAGCCCCCGCUUGCGGUUGCUGCCCUUCCUGGGAGCCGCCUUGCUGCUGAUGCUACCUCUGCUGGGCGCCCGUGCCCAGGAAGACGCCGAGCUCCAGCCCCGAGCCCUGGACAUCUACUCCGCUGUGGAGGACGCCUCCCACGAGAAGGAGCUGAUCGAAGCGCUGCAGGAAGUCUUGAAGAAACUGAAGAGUAAACGUAUUCCGAUCUAUGAGAAGAAGUAUGGUCAAGUCCCCAUGUGCGACGCAGGUGAGCAGUGUGCGGUGCGAAAAGGAGCAAGGAUUGGGAAGCUGUGUGACUGUCCCCGAGGAACCACCUGCAAUUCCUUUCUCCUGAAGUGCUUAUGAAGUGGUGUCCGUCCUCCUCCAUCUGUCUCAUGCUCCUUACUUUCCCUGAGAGGGCCAGACUUUAUCCCUGAAGUCUGGCUUUAGCAACAAAUAAAGUUUGCAUUUUUCUCUGAGAACAAAGGGGCUCUUUUUCUGCUGUUUCAAAAUAAAAGAACACAUUAGCUGUUACUAUGUGAAGGAUAAUGUCUUAGGGUGCCGAUACGUGUGCAAAGUAUUCUUUUCUUACUUCAUUUGACAAACUCUUGUGUACCUUUGUGUAAAAAAGGGGAAGCUUGCUUUGAAAAUUGUAUUUUUGUAUGUGGCAUGGCAGAAUAAAAAUUAGAUCUAGUUAGUCUUGGUAGAUGACAUUUCAACCCAGAAAAUAAAUCACCCUAGGCAACACAACUUAAGGCAUGUACAAAUUAUACAUAAUAAAAUGUUUUUAAUAAUU